AUGGAGGUUUUCGCGAUGGACAGGGAUUUUUUCCUGGUGAAAUUGGGGAAUGAUCAAGAUUAUUUCAAGGCCCUCUCUGACGGGCCUUGGGUGAUCUUCGACCACUAUCUUGUCGUUCAACAAUGGACUCCGGCGUUCAGGGUCACAGACAAACUCCCAAAUACGAUGGUGGUGUGGGUCCAAUUCCCGGGGUUUCCGGUUCACUUCUACCACAAGGAUCUUCUGUUCUCUUUGGGUAAUCUAAUCGGGAGGGCGAUCAAGCUUGAUUUCCACACGUUGCACCAGCAACGUACGAGAUUCGCGAGGGUUGCUGUCGAGGUUGAUCUGUCACAGCCAUUGAUUCCAAGAAUCCGUCUUGAUGGGAAAUGGCAGAGGGUUGAAUUCGAAAACAUUCCGAUUGUCUGCUUCGAAUGUGGGAAGAUAGGACAUACAAAGAUUAGCUGCCCUGAGCUUUACCCGGAACAAGCUAGCAAUAGAGCGGUGGAUUUCGCUCCAUCGCCGGCGACAGUUUCCGUCGGAUCAUCAUCGGAGGAAGUCUCCGGCUUUGGCCCCUGGAUGCUGGUCUCGAGGAAGUCACGCCGCAAUCAACGGGAGUUUCCAAGACAGGGGCGUCCGGAACAGGCGGAGGGGAUCAGUGAAGGGAUAAUCAAUAAACAAGAAAGGAAAGAGGCGGAUGUGAGGAAAGAGAAUGGGAGGCCACCAAAUCAGGCCGGGAUCAAAUCUCCUCAACGGAAGCAGAGUCCACAGGCGACGCAUGGGGGAAGCCUGAACAAGAAAGGGAAAGGGGAAAACAAAAAAGGGAAGGAAGUCGUUCUGGCAGAUAUGGAAGGGGAAAUGGCAUCGGGUAUUCUCGGCCCGGUCCCAAGGAUGGAAAGCCCAAGAAAGAAAGGGGCGGCCAGCUCCAGGGGUAAUGUUGCGUCCUCCUCUGGGCCCAAGGAGGAUGGGCCGAACACGCCUAGUCAGGUUGGGCUGGUGAACCUUUCAAGCAAAGGGGAAAAGGGCACAAAAAUUGUGAUUGUUGAGGCCCAACCUUAUGACCCUCCGCCGACCAGAAUAAUUGACCCAGCUGUCCCAUCUGCGGUCUUGCGAACGAAACAGAGGAAGGAAAAGAGGAAAGGAGAUCAGGGGAAGAGGGAAAUGACGCCGAGAAAGAGCACUCUAGUGCGGCACAGCCCCAUGAAACCGCUCAAAUUGUGGUCGCCGGUCAAGGAUCGGAAGAACAGAGGCCAUGAUAAACGGGUCUCCCUAACUCUGCAACAGAUCAAAGAGUGGACGGAGUCGUCCCAGGAAGUUGGAGACGUUGAGGCCAGCCGGGAACCUGCUCCCUCCGCGGCGGGCGUCGGCCUGAUUUCGUCCGACGGGAAUGGGCCUCCGGCUUAG